AUGAGUAGACGACAAAACGAAGUUCAAGCUAAGAAGCUCGGGCGACCAGCGAAAUCCAGCAUCGUUGAAAAUCCGGUCGCGCAGCGCGCAGCGAAAAUUCUAGUCGAUCGCCACAGACCUGCCAGAGAGGCCAAUAUCGACGACCUGGUUGGGUAUCUUCAUAAACCCACCAACGAUAAUUGGAGCGCCGAUGAUGAGGCCGAAGUCGACGAUAUCUUCCAACAGGAUGCCGACCUUCGUCUCGUGAAGGAGAAGUUCAAGCCAACUGCCUAUGGUCACAUAUUGACACUAUGGAAGAUCUGCCUUCGUGUACGCGAGUGCAGCCCGAUGUGGCUCAUUUCGCCUGUAAAUGGCCUGGGUUAUCACCCUGCGGCGGGAAAUGACCAGACAUCUUACCACCUUUGGUCAAAACCCUUCUGCGACUCUCUUGCGGCAAUAAUUGUGCAUCCUUGUAUGCGGGCCGGGACCAGCAGAGUGGUUCUGAUCCUACAGUAUGCAGUCAUGACUCGCAUCAAUAGUUGUGCAUACUGGGCGGGUAUACAACCGAGUUUUUCACAUUGUCCUGCGAUCUCUGAAACCAUUCGCAAGGCUCACAAAGAGGUCGGUUCAGGCAGGACUACAUCCGUGCAUUCCCUCCAUAAAAGGGCAAGAGCAGAGGUCGAGGCAAAGGGGGAAACGCCGACGCAACUAUCAGAGUUGCUCAUCGAAGUCGGUGACAGAUUAGACGGGCGUAGACUAGCCCCAAACCCCAGGGAGGAUCCGUGGUACAAGUUGGGCCUAUAUGCUCUUCCUGUUACCCAAGAAGACCUGAAAAGCAUACGGUCGGCCAUCGACAACAUGCAAUGGUCAGAUGACCCAAAAUACACAAAUUAUGCCUGUACGACGGAUGAAGCCCUCGUAAGCUACAAGGCUGCUAAGAAGGGUCAUGAGGUCCCUGCGCACCAGGAUGUGCCUCAGUACUUUGAGCGCGCUUUCAAGAGCGUCAUUCGCAUUUGUCUACCUAAUAUUAGGCGGGCAAGAUCUGGUGACUCUGGAUCCGACUUUGGUACUGGAUCCGACCCUGGUACUGGAUCCGACCCUGGUCCUGGAUCCGACCCUGGUCCUGGAUCCGACCUUGGUCCUGGUGAUGAUCUUGGUCCUGGAUCCGACCUUGGUCCUGGUGAUGAUCUUGAUGCCGGCGAUGAGCAACCCCCUGAGUUGAUCAAUGCCUCGAUAGGCGUUAUCACAGAUCGAGAAAUCCCACCACAAAGGGAUCAAUCAGAAGAUGGGAGACAGCCACGUCGGUCCCUCAGCUUGCGACCUAGAGAUACUGAGCAACAGCCUCGUUCGGGACAUCCUAGGCGUGAAACAAAGGGACAAUCACAGCAGGGGGACCCUGCUCCCAUGGUCACUCCUCAGUCAUCAAUGCACCCAUCAAGAGGGCAACGAGAUGAUCAGACAUCUGGUCGGAUGGAUGAGUUGGUUUUGUCUCUCGCACGAGAAUUUCCACAAGUCAAAGACAAAGUGGAGAAAAUCUACCAGACGUUGCAACGGCAACACCAAGAGACACAGAACCAAUCCCGCUUAAUAGAGGAAUUGAACAAGAGACUUGAGCGACAAGACCGUCUACUGGAAGAGAACAAGGCCAUAGCAUUGGCAAGUCUUCAGAGGUCGUCUCACAGGCCGUUGCCAGAUGUGCGUCGCAGUGUAGAGUUGGGCAUUGACGAUUGGCUCAUACCCCUUGAUUCGAACACGACUAUUGAAGGGGAAUCUAAUUCCAGGUCCCAUUGGGAGUCAUCCAAUUCACCACUCCAUUUGGGUAGUGUCGGAAAACAAAUCAAGCCACGGUUCCCUGAUCGUGGAUCCGGUAUCCAGCCUUCAAGAGGGACACCACGUGCGCCUCGUGACGAGGUCAGAGACUCCGCGCCCACUAACAAUGGAUCCAAUAACGUGGACCAAAUGGAUAUGGAAGUGUUGUCUCAUGAGGAUCAAACCCAACCACGGUCCCUUGAUCGUGGAUCCGGUAUCCAGUCAUCAAGAGGGACACCACGUGCGCCUCGUGGCGAGGUCAGAGGCUCUGUUCCCAUUAACAAUGGAUCCAAUAAGGUGGACCAAAUGGAUGUGGAAGAGUCACAUCACGAGGAUCACUCCCGACAAGAUGGCACUGAGGAUUCCAUGGAGGUUGAUCCUCUCGAGCCUCUAGCAAUGCAACUAUCAGGACUUAGUCGGGAAAUAGAAGUUGCUUCGAAUAAGAACUUCUUGCGUGCCAAUGGCUUGUUAACAAGCUUUUUGUUUCGAAACGGGGAGACUACAGACAUACUCAAGAGAACUCAAUAA